UUUAUAAUUUUGGGAAUCAUCUCAAUUAUAAUUGCAUCGAACUGUUUAACGAAAAUAACUGCGGCUUUUCCCGUGGGUAUUUCUCUGGAAGUGCUUUUGUGACCCUCUGCCGAUAGCGGCCCCUUUUAUUUCUUCCUCAGUUCCUCUGUUUUUGUUUCAGGACUAUGUUGCUCUUUCAAUUCAAUUCCUCAAUUCAAAAUUAAAAUCUUUCAAUAGUAAAAUGUAGUGUCGUUUACGGUUGUUUUCUAACUGCACGUUUACUGAAUCUGCACAUUCGACGUUCAAACUCGAGAGUCCAAUUGUAUUUUUCUCGUUUUGUAUUCUAUCACACUGCUUAGGCUAAAAGAAAUGUUGCCCACUUAAAAGUAUUUUAAGGGCUGUAGUGUACGUAAAAUUAAUCGAUCAAAAUGCUGGAGAAAUGUAGACGCGGUCUGGUGCAAGACCUUUUGCCCAACAUUCGACUCAUCCACGCUUCGGGGAUUUACCUAUCCGGCUACUAUGACGAAUCAUCUUCGGCGUUGGACACCCUCCGUGGAAUCUACAGUUGGGGCACCUUUACGCUCAUGUUGUUCCAAUAUCUUCUCCUGGUGUUUCAUACUGCAACCAUGUCGUACACCACAGAGCAGCUCACCGCCAGCUCCAUCACAUGCCUGUUUUUCGCGCACUCCAUCGUCAAGUUCAUCUAUUUCAGCGUCAAAGGGAAAUCCGUUUGCCGCGUUUUGGACUCAUGGAAUCAGGAAAAUUCUCACCCGUUAUUUGUGGAGUCAAAUAAACGGCAUAAAGUAAGAGCGCUAUACCGAAUGCGGAAGCUGUUGUACAUGAUAAUCGGUGGAUCCUUCUUCACAUAUUUCGCUUGGAUAUUGUUAACGAUCGCUGAGGAGCCUUACAGAAUGAUGCCCGAUCCCGAGAACCGCAAUAACACGGUUUUGACGCGAGUGCCCAAGCUUUUGAUCCAGACCUGGUUCCCAUGGAAUUACGAGAGUGGUGUUGGAUACUACGUAGCCCUUGGAUAUCAGUUAUACUGGCUCUUCAUGAUGAUAGCCCACGAGAAUUUGCCGGACACCCUCUUCUGCAGCACUGUAAUUUAUGCGUGUGAACAACUCAAACACUUGAAAGAAAUCCUUAAGCCUUUGAUCGAGAUGAGUUCCAACUACGACAAUGGAGUUCCGCCGAAACCGAAUAUACUCAGGAUGCGCUCAGGAGACUCGGAUAUGCCACUCAUUGACGACGAGAAAGUGCCAGAGGAAAAUUACCAGCCAGUUUACAACCUCAUUCGAGAAUUUGGCCCCGUUUAUCAGCGAAAAAAUAUUCACAACAUGCAGAAUAGUUUUGACGCGCUAAAUGAUAAAGAUGGUAAUUUCGUGGCAAACGCUAUCAAGUAUUGGGUGGAAAGGCAUAAACACGUCGUCAGAUUUGUGAAUGACAUCGGUUCAAUGUACGGUAUUGCUCUUCUGCUUCACAUGCUGAUCAGCACUGUUACACUCACUCUCCUUGCUUAUCAGGCAACACAGAUAACUGGAAUCAAUGUUUUUGGUAUGUCUGUGAUUGGAUAUCUAGGAUACUCGUUUAUACAAGUGUAUGCUUUUUGUAUCUACGGAAAUGAGCUGAUAGAAGAGAGCUCGUCUGUGAUGGAAGCUGCUUACGACUGCCGAUGGUAUGAUGGUUCAGAGGAGGCCAAGACAUUUGUCCAAAUAGUUUGUCAACAGUGUCAGAAAUCCCUCUCAAUAUCAGGCGCCAAGUUUUUCACGGUUUCGUUGGAUCUCUUCGCUUCAGUUCUUGGAGCAGUGGUGACUUACUUCAUGGUCUUGGUGCAACUCAACUAAAAUUCUUCUUUCCCAAAUCCGCCACCUCAUUUCAUCUGGGAUACCAAAUUAGAGUCUAUGGAUUUAAUUUUAAAAUGCUCAGAUCUUGGUCAGACGUCUAAGCAGCAUUUGACGUAUAUAAAAUAGGUAACAUUGUAUCAAACCGAAACCCAUCUCUCGUAUUCCUGAUAAUGUUUAGUUUCGUAUAAUUUGAAUCACUCAUAUUGAAUCAAUGAGAGGCCAUGUUUAUAUGAUUUAGUUUGAGAACCCUCUAAAAUUGAUACAAGAACGCUAUUUUAGUUUUUAGAAUAGUUUGAACACCCUUAGAGAAAAAUUGUAAUGACUAAUUAUCAGGAGAAACUUUGCAAAUAAGAUCAAACUACACGAUAAAAAGUGUAGAAAAAUAACUAACUAUCGAGGAACACGGGAAAUCGAGUUGUUCAACUUUAGCUAAGGUUGCUCUAAAAGCAUUGUGCAAGUUAUUGUUUGACAAGAGACAAUUUCAGAUUAUUGUGAAGAGGAUGUGAGCAUAUGUGGAUUGUAUUCGUAUUUUUUUCAUUAUUCAGUUUUUCAACCACAAAAUGCCCAAAUAAAAUCUUCAUACUCUUUCA